UCAGGCUGUGUGCAGGGAAGGGACUCCUGUGCCCUAAUCCUCUUGCUUUCUGCAUUUCUUCUUUUGGACCUUUGUGAUCCACCUCUUCUCUACACUUUUCAAAGAGUCCUCAGCAUUUUUCAAAAAAACUAUUUAGCAGCUGACAGAGGGUCCAUCUUUGAAUGCUCCACUGAGACUUCUACAAUAUUUUUAAGCUGCUGCACAGGUAUAGUAUGGGCAGGCUAAUAAGCACAGCUGGCUUUUGGUUUUUAGGCUCCCUACUUCUGGUGGCCCCCCAACCGGGAGACCUUUGGUACAAGCACUCUGCCAGUCCCAGGUACCACACUGUAGGCAGAGCAUCUGGACUUCUCAUUGGUGUUCGGCGCUCCCCUUACUUAUGGCGCAGAGAUGUUACAACUGACCAGCAGUGGGCAGGAGAGAGAGCAGGGGUAACAUAUGGACUGUGGAGGGGAGUAGGACCUGACCACCAGCUGUACUCUGACCCUGGAAAAAGGAGCAUUUUGAUGGAGAAACUCUACAGAAACCUAGAGGAGAGAAGUCUGGCUGAUGGCGAGGAGGCAAUUCAGGAUAGCGAGAACCUAGAAGAAGCUGGAUGGAACUUUAACAAAAUUAAGCAAGAAAAUAGAGAUUUUGAAGAGCAGAGCUGGCACCCCAGAGACCGAGAUAUAGCGGAGAGAAGUUUACGAGAAAACAAGUUGAUGAUUAUGGAACCAGCAAAGGAAGAAUUGACAGGUCUAGAAGAACAAGGGUUGGCAGUAAAAGACCCAGCUCUUGUAAAGAAAAAUGUAAAAGGAAACAACUUACUUUUUAUGGAACCAAGAGAAGAAAAGAGGAUGCCAGAAGAGACAUGGCUGAAUGAUCAACCGGGGGAACAAGCUCAAAGCUUGGAAGGGGAACAGUGGGUGUUCACAGAGCCCAUGAAUGAAGCCAGGAGCUUUGAUAGAGAGUCAAGGGGGCAACUGGAGUCUGGAGAAGACAAGGCACCCAACAAUGAAGACAUGUUGCCAAUGUACAUGAAAAAGUACCUACAUGGAGACAACAGAGCAUACCCCAAGUCAUGGAGAAGACGCCUUCAAAGAAACAUGCAGCUGUUUUAUCCCAGGUCGAAGGCUUCAGAAUGGAUUAAUUGUGAAGGCCUGGCAUGGACAUCACACAAGAUCCUAUGCAGAGCCAGCUUUCACUCACACUCGUGGUCCCUUCCAAGAAGACAAAGUUCCAAUCCUGAGGACCCCACCACUCCUCUCUGAACCCCUAAAAGAGGCUCUACUCAGACUGCUAGUGACUGAUGUGCAUCUGGAUUGAUCACUGUGGGUGGAACACUGGACAUGCUCAGGGCAUGGGUAGCUCCACUCAAAACUGAUAACUAUGAUGAAUGGGCACCAGUGUGCUUAAAAUAUAUUUAAAUCUCAACGUUUCUUUUCCAAUUUUUGGUAAAGUAGGUGAGGGUUAAAACCAGUCAGGUUUUUUGCCUCCUGUGUCCUGUGGACUUUACAGGAAGUGAGGAGAUAUCUUUCCAAUUUGAGGAAGAUCCUAUUUAAGACCGUUUCCAUGGUAACAAAUGUCCCCAUUUGAAAAAUUACCCUUAAUUCCUGUUUUGUUGGCAAUGCAACAAUUUGGACUUAAUCUCAGCUUUAUUCCCAAUGACACUGGUGAUCAGGGCAAUUAGAGAGAAAGAAUCUUCCUCAUGGGGACACAGACGGCAAUAAAAACCUGAGAGUGGCACUAACCCCUCACCACUCUAUUCUGAUCAAAAAAAAAAUGUAGUCUAUGAUUUAGGAUCAACCUUCCUCCUAAUACUCAGAUCACCUUAUAAUGAUGUUAAAUCUCCCAAAUAAAUGAUUUGUGCCAUGCUUAUGUAUAUAAAUUUGUAAAAUGUUUAACAAUAAAUACUUAUCAUGCAUUA